GACAAUUGAAUUUCGACCAUAUAUAAUCAAGUAUCAUUUAAAAAUAAGCGUAAGUAGUUCAUAAGUCUGCUUUGAAAUGAUUUUAUUUGCUCUUUUUGCAAUUGCAAGUGUGAACUCUUAUGGCAUUUUGGGAGCAUCACCUACCAUAAAAGUAACCAACAUAGAAAAAUGCGAUACAGACGAUGAGCCAGUUCCAUGGAGCUUCGAAAUAUCAAAUGUCGAUGCUAAUGCUUACAAAAAAGUCAAUGCUGAAUUUGACCUCAGCGACUUCGCAUUCAAUGAUGAAAUUUCAUAUACAUUGGACGUGGAUAAAUUGAACGAUGGAGAUUGGAAGAAAGACAUUUACAACGAUGAAGGAAAUUUAUGCGAUCUUAUCAGGCAAUACGUACCAAAAGCCUGGCAAAAAUUAAUGGGGGCUCUGCAACCAAGACCUAUAGACAUGUGUAAUGCUCAAAAAGCAGUUUAUCGGUUGAAAAAUUUCGAACUUCUAAGGCAAGAUGUCCAACUACCAGCCUUUGACGGAAAACUUCGGACAACGUUGAGACUUUUCGAUAAAGACGACAAAAACGUAUUUUGUACUUCGACGGAAGUUGAAGUCAGUCGCUAAAAAACCUGUACAAUUUCAAUGACUUAUACCAUAUCAAAUAUAUUUCGUGCAA